AUGGAAGCCUUGAAUUCUCAAGAGAAUAACCCACCAAACAUCCUCACCCACGAACCCAAAGAAAAAGUUCUCAAAGUCCUAGAAAUGGUGCUUUACAGGAACAACAGAUGUAAUGUGGUGUUCAGUGAUGGUAGUGCCAUUAUCCUGCACCCCAAAGGAGACUGCUUCACAUAUUUCUAUGAAAAUGGGGAGAAAGCAAGGCAUUUCAUUGCCUUCCCACCUGUUAAGGACAGAAUAAAGGACAAGCUAGUCUCUUCAGUUGACUUUUAUAACAAAUAUUGCUCGAACCCGAUUGUCCUCCUGGAAGAAGCAUUUGAGGGGAAGAUAUCCCAAAAAUCAUCAGAGAUUAAGAAGUUUUACUGGAAAUAUGACUCAAAUACCCAGCCUGUGAAACAUAAAUCAGGGACUUACUCAUAUAGCUCCAUCAACGGCUACUGAAAGCUGAAGCUGAACCCUAACAAGUUCAUAUUUUGUGCUGAAUUUCUUCAAAAAUUACCAAAUAAAAGCCUGGACUGGGUCAGCAAUGGAACCUCUGACAAGCGUAAACUCAAACAAGUGUGCAAAUAUGCAUUGGUUAAGCAAUAUUUCUCGGUAAACAAAGUCCCCGAACACUUCUUGUUCCCUGCCAAGGUCCUGUACCCAGAACUGAAGGGGUUUGAGCUUGAAAUAUCAGAGGACUUACAAACAGGAGUCCUCGGAAAUGAAUCAAAGUUUUAUAAACAGCUUACUGUUGAUGAGUUCUCUACCAAAAUACCUGAAGUCGCUGGAAUGAAUAUAGCUACAUAUCUCGCAGAGAAGACCUCAAGGUACUCUCAGAGUUACUCUAAGACUUCUAUUGAUACAAAAUCUGUUGGAGGUCCUCCUGAGAAAGACUCCAGGCUUAAAGAAGCAGGAGUCUGGGAGAGUGACGAUGUCUCUCCUUCCUGCAGCUCAUUUAGCUAUAAAUAAGUCAAACAUCUCCUUAAUCUGGACUAAGGGAGCUACUUAUAGAAGGACAGAAGUCGAUAAGGUAGAGAUCUUUAUUCAUGGUGACAAGACAAUCUUAAUAGCAAGAGACUACGGUAACUUCUUCGACCACUACCAGGUUAACACUCCUGAAGGGAAGCUAAGGACUUUUCCUAUUACUGCUAUUCCUCUCUAUUCAGUGUCAGAAAGCCAGAAAUACACCUUCAAAACCCUUGUUGAGAAGAGUCUAGAAAUGUUUAGGAAUACAGCUGAUGACAUGAAAGAAGAGGCUAAAAGUGAAGACUCUUUGCAAGAUAUUUGGAUAAAGUCCAUAACCUCUAUCACAGACAAAGACAUCGUAGAUACCCAAGAAGUGCCAGGAUGUGGGCGAUUCUUCGCUUACAGAGUUAAGCAAGAAGGCCUAGGGGAGUUCAAUGAGUCUAUUGAGAUCAAGUUUGAAGACAGGACUCAUUUAAGAAUGAUUAAAGGCUUCCCUCUAAUCAAGAUCAAUACCUUCUUCGGCACUGAAUUGAAGCUAAAUCUUGACGAAAAACUUGAAUUCACUAAAUUCUUAACAAAAGAAGAGAAAGAGUCGAUUCCAUACUACAUUAAGACAGGAUUAGAGUAUAUGGAGUGGGCUUUCCUGUCUCUUGAAGAGAGAUACAAACGAGAGAAAGAAGAAAUCACUCAUCAGAAUCGACUAGAAUCAUUAUGAGGGUCCAAUAAUACUCUAUAUUAA